GCAACCGAACGGGGACUCCACAGAAGAAGGGGAAACGUUUUGCAAAAACCCUGGACGGAUUGAUAAUAGUUUCUUUCUGCCCAGGUCGUUAUUCGGAGUCGGGGUUGGUUAUUGACGGUACAAUCUUAAAGGAAUGGCAAGCGAGAUUGCGACGGAGACAUUUGUCCCGACAGAGGGAGCCGCUGCAGCCGAAAAGCAGCCGCACAAGUUAGAGAGGAAGUGGAGUUUUUGGUUCGAUAACCAAUCUAAGCCCAAGGCAGGCGCCGCCUGGGGUACCUCUCUCCGCAAGCUGUACACCUUCGAAACUGUAGAAGAAUUCUGGUGUUUGUAUGAUCAGGUAGUCAAGCCCAGUAAGCUUCCUGCGAAUGCUGAUUUCCACCUGUUCAAAGCUGGAAUUGAACCCAAAUGGGAAGAUCCUGAGUGUGCUAGUGGAGGAAAGUGGACGGUUACCAGCAAUGUGAAAGCUAACUUGGAAAACAUGUGGCUUGAAACUUUAAUGGCCUUGAUUGGGGAGGAAUUUGAUGAGGCGGAUGAAAUUUGUGGUGUGGUGGCUAGUGUGAGGCAAAGGCAAGAUAAACUUUCACUGUGGACUAAGGCAGCUGCAAAUGAAGCUGCCCAGAUGAGCAUUGGGAGGAAGUGGAAGAAGAUAAUUGAUAUCAAUGACAAGUUCACAUAUAGCUUCCAUGAUGAUUCCAGGAGGGAAAGAUCCGCCAAAAGCCGAUACACUUUGUGAGACCAUCUCUCACUCGGCCUUGGUUUUUGUAACGUUUCGUCCAGAGCAUCAAUACACUGCAAAGCUAUUUCAAUUGAGAUGUUGUAUUUUGUUAUAACUUAUAAUGCUUCCCAACAAUAUUUUAACUCAUGGAAUAUCAGGAUGUUCGGCCAUCAAUUGCAAUGGUUGAUUCUAAAUUCCCCAUUGCACUGGUGAAUUUGUUAUUUUCUUAACGCAGCGGUGACGGUGGUUUAAUUUUGAGAUGAACUGAGAGAUAAAGCUGGUGAUGAUUGUAUUGAUGUGCCCCAUGCUCUAUUAUCUAUU